AUGGAGUUUUAUCGGCUGUGUCUAGGAAUCGCACAAGAGACUGGAAACAGAGAUUCUGAAGGAAGUGGAUACAACAACCUUGGCGAAGUUUAUAGGUCACUCGGUGAUAUCAAGAAAGCAAUGGAGUUUUUUCGGCUCGGUCUAGGAAUCGCAAAAGAGACUGGACACAGAAAUUCUGAAGGUACUGGAUAUAACAACCUUGGAGCUGUUUAUCAUUCUCUCGGCGAUUUCAAGAAAGCAAUGGAGUUUUAUGGGCUGGGUCUAGGAAUCGCAAAAGAGACUGGAGACAGAGAAUCUGAAGGUACUGGAUGUAUCAACCUUGGCUCUGCUUAUCAUUCUCUCGGUGAUAUAAAAAAGGCAAUGGAGUUUUGUCAGCUGGGUCUAGGAAUCGCACAAGACACUGGAAACCGAAAUUCACAAGGAUGUGCAUAUAUCAACCUUGGCGGUGUCUAUCAUUCUCUCGGUGAUCUCGAGAAAGCAACGGAAUCUUAUCGGCUGGGUCUAAAAAUCGCAAAAGAGACUGGAAACCGAAAUUUAGAAGGAUAUGCAUAUAACAACCUUGGCGGUGUCUAUGGCUUUCUCUGUGAUCUCGAGAAAGCAAUGGAGGCUUAUCGUCUGGGUCUAAAAAUCGCAAAAGAGACUGGAAACCGAAAUUUAGAAGGAUAUGCAUAUAACAACCUUGGCGAUUUCUAUGAGUCUCUCGGUGAUUUCAAGAAAGCAAUUGACUUUUAUCAGCUGGGUCUAGGAAUCGCAAAAGGGACUGGAGACAGAGAGCUUAAAAGACAUGUAUAUAGCAACCUUGCCGGAAGUUAUUAUUGUUUUGGCGAUAUUUUUAAAGCCGAGGAGUUUGGUAAAUCUUGUGUAAAGCUGGUCGAGAAAAUGAGGGUUCUUCUUCAAGGCAAAGACGCGUGGAAAAUACACGUCCGGGAUGAAAGUGAUUUUAGCUUCAGAAUUUUAUGGAGACUUCAGUUACAAAAAGGCAAGACUCUUGAAGCGCUUUUUACAGCAGAGACAGGGCGAGCACAAGCUCUUAUGGAUCUCAUGAAAUCGCAAUUUGGCGUCAGAAAAACAAUUCGCAAUUCGUCAAAACCGCAAAUGGAUCUAACAAUUUCUAGUAUUUCAAGUCAUAUUACGUCACCGACGCUAUUUCUGGCGGAAGAUACAAAUAUUAAUGCAGUGUAUUUCUGGUUAAUGCUUAAUGGACAGCAAUUUACCUUUUUUUAAAAGGAAGUCAGUGAUGACUUGACUUCAUUGACUCACCAGGCAUACGAAGAGAUUGGUGUCAGCCGUGGCGUGAAGUGCAAGAAUUACUCCUUAGAUGAGCCAGAAGGUAAAGAAAUUGAAAUCUUCUCUGAAAGGGGUACGGAAUUGACGUCACAGCAAGGCGAGGGUGGUACUUUAAGAACAUUGUAUGACAUGGUUAUAGCUCCUUUUUCACACUUAAUAGAAGCUGAUGAACUCAUCAUUGUCCCUGAUCGUUCAUCAUUUUUUAUUCCUUAUGCUGCCCUUAUGGACCAGCAUUCCAGGCAUUUGUGUGAAAAGCUGAGAAUUCGAUUGGCUCCAUCACUAACAAGCUUGAGGCUGCUGGCAGAGUGUCCGCAAGGCCGCCAUAGUACAUCUGGUGCACUGCUUGUUGGUAAUCCGUGGUUGAAGACUGUACUCAUCAAAAACAGCAGACCAUUUAAACAGCUCCCGGGUGCUGAGAAAGAAGUAAAAAUGAUUGGACAGAUUCUUAACAUUGAGCCUCUCACUGGUAAGAACGCUACGAAAGAUCAAGUUUUAAGCAGGCUUCCCUCAGUUUCUUUAGUACACAUGGCAACUCAUGGUUGUGCAAAAACCGGUGAAAUUUAUUUGUCUCCUAAUCCCGCUAGUAUGGAGAAACACGAAGAGAAAGACUCACUUUUGACGAUGGCGGAGGUGUUAGAUACACAAUUACACGCCAAGCUUGUUGUCUUAAGCUGCUGCCACACUGCACGAGGGGAGAUCAAAGCCGAAGGCGUGGUUGGAAUGGCACGUGCCUUUUUAGGAGCCGGUGCACGCUCUGUUAUUGCGUCACUGUGGGAGCUUGACGACGAAGCUACUCUGGAGUUUAUGAGACAAUUUUACGAACAUUUGUUAGCAGGGAAAAGUGCAAGUAAGUCGCUUCAUCACGCCAUGAAAAGGAUGCGGGAACUUGAACAAUUUAAUGCCGUGAAGUACUGGGCACCAUUCGUGCUGAUUGGGGAUGACGUGACAUUGAAUUUUGGCCAAUGAAAGGUGAGGCUCUCAGUAGUGUAAGCUAAAGUAGAAAAGUAAUCACAUGUGAAGGUUUGUAAACGAAAGGGCGGGUUUUAACCCUUGUCUCUUAGAUUUCUUACUGGUUUCUGAUCGUUGAUUUGCAGACCCCAAAGUACAACUGAGCAAUAAAUAAAGGAAAGUUAAAUAAUAGUCUAAUCCAGAGAUAAAAAACGCAGGGGAGACUGAGAAGAGCCAACCUGAUGCAAAAUGUCCAACACACGAGGUUAUUAUUUCCAUCCACAGGCUAAAAUUAAAUCGACAGACCCUGUCAUCCAGGAUCCCAAAUCCCUAUUCCAGACCCUAGAGUACACGAUUUCAGACCAAAAGGGUGAAGACCUUUGUAGCUUCCAAGAGAGUAUUCGUUUGUAUUGACAAACAUAACGCGGGCAUAGUUCAAUAAGGGAGUAAAUCAGUGCCUCCACCACCACGGCAAAAAUUUCCACUUGGUCAUAGCAAACAUACUCACUUCUUUAGGUUGAAAAAUGGUAGAAACUACUAAGCUUUUUUUUUCUCUGUUUCUGUCUUGUUCCACUGCAGAGCUAACACUAAGAUAGAUGGACUUCUGAUAUUUGGAACCGACAAGCCUGUUCUGACGGACAGGUCGACCUGAACACAAGUACUGAGACUUCAACAAGUGAAGAAAACUCGUUUGGCAAGAGCUUCUGGGAGAAGAUCCAGUCAUUGUUGGAGGAACCAUUUAUUGAGUUCAAGUUAUGAAAUGGGAGGCUUAUGCAUGAACUUAAAACAUUAGGAUAGAUACUCAACUACUGACCAUAACAUCCAGUUCUAAGUUUUCAGAUUAAUUUAUUGGUUUAAAAGUAUACAACAAAAAUCCAUUUCACAGGAGAGCUGCUGAUCUGUGCUGUAAGAUGCACUUUUCAGUGUUAGCCAAAGGGCUAAGAGUACAUCAUUAUCCUACGUGUAAAAAUGUUAGUCAAAAGACUCAAAAUUUCCUUAAUAUACCCCAAACUAAAAGAGAUAAAGUCUUAUACUGUGUGCUGAAAAUCAUUUGGUCAUGCCCAUGAAGUGUCUUGUUUCCCAACUCUCUUUCGUAAACAACCUAGUCUCAGGGCUCUUCCCAUUUUCUAAGAUAAACGCUGUUACGAGAGAUUUCCGCAUGCCCCCAAACCUCGCCGACCUUGAUAUUUAGAGGCGAUUGCUUGUAAAUGAAUUUUCUUCAAAUGGAGAAAUAUAACUCCUUUUAUGUAAUUUUGAGUUAGUCUUCAUUGAUGUUUUAUAACGUACAGAUACAUUUUUCGCCAACUGGAAAGGCUAGAGCAUGGCAACCAGUCUUGUGACCGAAUUUUACUGAACUAAAGACUGUCAACCCUUCCCCUUUAACGCAAACACCGUCAGAACGACGAGUAUAUUCGGGCCCUGCCCUAGGGGCCCGUUCCUCGAAAGUCCCUAUAGUUAAUGAGCGCGAAGAGUUGUUGUUGUUUACAUUAAAGAUUAACGUGUCAAUUAGUUUUGUAGAUGAUAUGAUAAAACUAUCGGUUAAGAAAACAACAUGGACUGGUUUGUUAGCUAGGACUCGUGCCCGAAAAGUUAAGGGGACUUUCGAGAAACGGGCCCCAGGUUAAACGCCGCAAUUCACAUGCAUGAGCCGAACUCAAUUACUGUACUUCGGUUAUCAUGCGACGCACCCUGAAUUUUCUAAUUUGAUUCAGUCAAGUUGACACACUAAUCAUAACCGAAAAAAUGCGGUAAAUGGGUUAGGCUCGGCUAACUUAAAGUACGAAGGGCGUUUGAUCAUGCCACCACGCCUUAGUUCCUGAAUAACGAGAGACCGCAAUGGCGGGGUGCAAAAGGAAUCAUCAGAACCGUUAUAAGUCCAGUCUUGCUGAGCGACAGCGUUACGAAAACUACCUCGAUGAAAAUUUUUGAAAUUUCUUUAAGAAAUGGUUGAAUGCUCUUUUGAAGCAAUAGUGGGAGAUACGUUGUUUGGAUCAACGAGAUUAAGAACACCAAAACUGUAAAAUAUUCCCGUUGUUAUUUAAUGGACUUCAUAGAAAUGUGGAACCUUUCAUGGACCGACAAUCUGUAUUUUAAUUUUAAGGGAAUUUUCAUGGCAUUUCCAUGAUAUUUUGAUGGAGUCAUCAGAAACAUUCCAGCAAGAUUAUCUUCAAGUUAUCAAUGAAAAACUGAUGGAAAACCCGGCCAUUUUUAUAUUAUUGUUAUUUUUUAUUUUGCCACCUUACUAUGACACAGUAAUAAAUUAUAGAAAUUCAUUAGAAUAUCAAGACCUUGUGAAUUUAUCUUGGAGAAAAUUAAUUAAUUAUUGUUUUUCAUUUCAAUCGGAAAGCGAAGGAUAGGGAUGAAUUAAUUUUAAGACUGCUUUCUACAUUCUCUUGAUUAAUCAAUACACUGGAAAGGUUAAUUAUUAGCCUAACAGCCGACAUUUGGCGACGCUACCACUGGUUUGCCCGCCAAAUGACGUCUGAGAAACGAGCACAGAUUGGUCGUGCCACGUGGGAAAUUAAUUUGAUUAAACCAAUCAGAAGCACCACCCAGAUCUGGUUAGUGACGCGUCGUCAGUAUGGAAUUUCUGCGCUCGUUUCACAGACGUCAUUUGGCCGGAAAACCAGUGGUAGCGUUGCCAAAUGUCGGCUGUUUUCUCAGACUAAAGGUUAAUAAAAUACAAAAAAAGUUGUUCUUUCAGGGGCCAUGACUUAAAGACCCCUUUUUGUUUUAUAAGGGGCGAUAGCACUGUUCGUUCUCCAAAUGCAGACAUACAAUAAGGAGUUUUUUUUUCGAAUGGAAAAUCGUGCAGAGGAACUAAGAUUGUUUUAAUGCCAGUUUAUUGAUGUUAAUUAUUUAGAUGAAAUUAAAUCUCAAAUAUAAUCAAUUGAAGUGUUGAGAUCUUGCCUUCUUUCCUGACUGCAGUUCGUUUUCUUUCUCCGAAGCUAUCGAGCUUAGUUCGGUUUCUAUUGUUCUCAAUAAUUUGAACAUGUUUUUUUCCCUCUCUUUAAAUAUUUUUUGUUUACGAAAAAAUAACUUUCAGAAACCGGCGUCAAAGCAUUGUCACCUGUGCAGUUUCUCUCUGUAUAAUUUAUUUUACUUUAAACAAGCCACGAAAACCUCCGCUGUCCGGCGAAACACUGUACAAUAACAUUCGAUUGAAUGUAAACUCCUUAAAGUAGUGCGACAAAAACGUAUUACAAUAAUGCGAAUAGGGUUUGUUUGUCAGUCAUGCAGGGGUACAAACGCUGUGACUAAAUUGACUUAGCGGGAAUACGGUUUCUAUUGGCUGUUGUGACAAUAUGUGUUUCACGACUGAUCGCAGUGCGGCGUUGUUAGCUCGGUCAACCUCGCUUUCCAAUUUAUUUUCAUAAUGAUACGUUUUGUGAAGAGUGGUUGCAUCGGCGGCUAUGUUCAUUACAGACGCAAAAAACUUGCGGUUGUCGCAAUUUUAGUCACUGGCCUGUUUCUGCUUGUAAAUUUCGAAAAUGGCAGUGAGAGAAUUUCCCGCCAGGAACAACUAUCAGCAGUUAGAAUAACAAGUGCUGAGGAUGUGAAGGAUAAAUCAAAUGGAAAACGCGACUUCGGCCGUAGAAAUUUACCUUUAAACUAUGACGACAUAAAAGUUGACCACGUUUCAGAUACUGCGCGCGAAACUACCAAAAAAAAGAUGCACGCUUGUCCAAAACUCAUAGAGAAGCCGAGAUUUCGCGAGAUUGUCCAUGGAGUAUUGGUGUACUCGCUUUGGUUUGAUGAUCGAAAAUCUCAGCAUUUUAUACGAAUUUUGUUGAUGUCCUUGAAAAAAAGAACUCCAUCGGUAACUUGUCUUUUUCAAAAUGAUUUAACGCAGAAGACUAUUGCGGUUGAGGCCUCGUUCUAUGAGCACAACGAAAAUUACCAACGGCGUUUUGGAGGCUUUAUGGCCUCCUGUGUUGUUCCAAAAACUCUUAACAGCGUUCCAUGCUCGAUGAAUAUUUCCGUCACCUUAACCGCUCAACCGGGCGAGAGUAACGCGAUGGUCUUUCCAGUUGGUUCUAUAGGUCAACUAAGCGGUGGUCAAGAGAACAGAAUUCAAAAGAGAUACGGCAUUUGUAUCCCUCCCGUCCACGGUGACGUUUUUGUUGGAAAAAUAAUUGAGUUUUUAGAACUCACGCAGAUUUUGGGCGCUUCACAUUUUACAUUUUAUGAUUUAUCAAUGUCUAAGAGUGUGCGAAACGUCUUAAAGUAUUAUCAAGAUCUAGGUUUAGUGAGUGUUUUUCGGUGGAAUUUACCCUCGUACAUUGGAAAGGACGAUUUGCACUAUUUUGGUCAACCAUUGGCUAUCUGGGACUGUUUAUUCCGUUCAAUGAGUCAUCAUGACUUUGUUGCGUUUCAUGACUUGGAUGAAUUCAUUGUACCCCUUCGCCAUGAGAACAUAACCGCAUUGCUAGAGUAUAUUCAUGAGGAACAACAUUGCGGUCAUUGCUUUGAAAGCGUUCUUUUUGAUACGACAUCAGAAGAGGACAGUUCUCAUUUAAUAACCCAGAGUGUUUUCCACCGAACAAGUCAAGUGACUCCAUAUUGGACCAAGUGCAUCGUCGAUCCGCGGAGAAUUUUCGAGCAAGGAAUACAUCACAUUAGCAAACCCAUCGAAGAGUUUUACCUUGCAGAUAAAGUGAACUGGAAUUUGGCGCGUAUUUUUCAUUAUAGAAAAUGCCAGGAUCCCAAUGCUUUGUUUCAGCCGAGAUGUUCCGCUUUCACAGUCGACAAAACCAUGCAGAGAUUUGGAGAAAAACUAUCCUUCAAUUUCAAACUAAGUAUGAAUAUUAUAACUGACCGCAAAUCUAGAAAAUAAUUGCCUCAAAAAAAUAUGUUUGUGUUUGGUUUGUCACUUUUAUUAUGCUCUGAAAUCAGUUUAUUUUAGUUGCAAGAUAAUAACAAGGGUAGAAAAGACACAACUUGGUCUACAUGUUGUAAAUCGCCCCCUACAGCAAAUAGCUUUCUUAACCCUGAGGGGAUGUUCUACUUUUUAUUGCGAAAAUCGUAACUUUCCACUAAAAAAACCUAUGGGCCCGUGUCUAAAAAGCUAACGUUAGUAAAAGUUCUGUGACGCAUCUUUUGCUCGAUAAGCAGAUUUACUGCAUGUCAAGAAAUGAGUUGGCAAUAAAUCAGAUCUUAUUAGUUCUCAUAUAAACGCACCGCAUGAUAAUCGGAAACUAUGGUUCACAUACAAAUCCAGCUUCGUUUUCAGCGUUUGGUUUCCGUAUUUGUUCCCGAUAAGAAUUUGGAACAAUAGCAGGAAUACUGAUAAAAUCGCAAUUAGAAACCCAAUUUUUAAAAAUACUAUUUUAUGGAAGAGUCAGUGUAUACCAAAACGUGCGCGAUAAUUUUCUCGUUUGAUGUUAUUGACUUUGAAAAAGAUAAAAUAUUUAUAGUGCAAGGUCUUUGUCAUCUGUUGUUGCAAAACAGUUUUUGUAUUUCAGCUGGCCGGCAACUGAAAAUGACAACAUUCGAAAACUUUUAAUAUGGGUACAAUCAAUAAUACCGGACUUUAUUUUGAGGUAAAUCUGAAAUGAAAUGGAAAAUAGUCACAGGAGUGUUCCAGUUUUUGUGUUUACCUAAAGUAUCAUCAAGAUUGAUCGAUGCUGAAGCGGAGACUGAAAACUAAUGUAAAGGGAGUUCGAUUUCGUUUCUCUUUCAAUUCGUUCUUCGUUGCCUCCGGGUAUUUAUUAAUUUACUGUUUGAUGAAUAUUUAGGUCCGUACAAUACUUAAAAAUUAAAUUCAACACACUGGAACAAAUCACGAAAUAUGUUCGUGAUUGUGAACAAGUCGUAAACGACACGUGUAUCAUUGUAUAAAACGCAGGCGAAAACGCUUGGCGUUGUAUGAAAGGCAAUGACAUCAUCGAAGUGAGCGUGAAAAAGAACUAAAAUUGAAUUCAGAAACGGCAUCUUGGAGGUUUCUUUUGAUCUAUAAUAUACAAUAUAUUUUGUUUAAAAAGGAAGUAAGGACAUUUACGGUAAAGCUUAAUUUGUGUUGCUAAAUUUUAUUUCCCUUAAAAAAUAGAUAACACAUAAAAACAGACUGAUCCGCAAAAAAAUCUUAUUCUAAAAUUUAAACCCUCUGGCAUUAAUAUUACGAAAAGAACUAUGGAAAAAGCACUAGCCUCCGGUUUGUUGAAUCCGUCCAAAAUUUACGAUUUAUGCAAAGCUUAAGUCUACCUCGGGAUAUGAGGUAUGUUCUUGAAGUGCAAACAAAACAUGAAGGACGUACGGGUAUUUGCCGACUGCCUAAUACAUUGAAUUAAAUAAUGAAAAGGUCGGCGUCUGAAUCAAUUAGGAACGCCUGUUUCAAUUUGGAACGGCUCAGCCAUUCUUCCCACCUAGCCUAGCCCGGCCGGGAAUUUCGAUCGACUUUGGAACAGAUUUGAUUCAGACGCCGACCUUUUCAUGUAUCUGCGAACCAGAUGCAUAAGUUAUUAUAACGUGUUUUGUAAGCAGUUUGACCGAAAUGAAUAUUUUUCUCCUUUGGAACUUAGUACGGCUGGAAUUAAGAUCGGCGUCUGAAUCAAUUCAGCGUCGGCCUGGUGAUUCGAAUUAGCCGAGUUUCGGCUAAUGAAAAGUUCGGCGUCUGAACCAAGCCGUACAAAAGCAAAACCAAGAGCAGUGUGAAGAAUUUCGUUUUUUUGAUGAUGAGUUCAUUUCAUUUCCUUUUACAGCUAGCACAUUAUUUUUUUGUCCUUAAAUUGCGAACCAGAAAUCGCUAGCCUGGAGUGCUUUACACUGAAAAUACCACACGAUUUUUAAAUGGAAACAGCGGGGAUGGGAUCGAGUAGCCUGAGUCUCAGCCGUCGAUCGGAGGUUGUUCGCGGCCCCUUCGCUUCUCUCCCUCUCUCGAGGGGGUUGAAAACAACCUCGGUUGUCUGAAAAUCAGGCUAGGGUGGGAGAAGACAGAUUGAAAUAGGCUGAACGGCCGAUUGAAAGAUGAUGCAAAUAUAUUUAAAUAUUUGUCAAAAUUACUCCCUUAGAAAUGAUUGCUUGGGGGAAGGAAACAUCAUGGUAUUAACGCAUGGAAAUUGUGGCGUUGUUGUUGUUGUUUUUUUUUAGCAUUUAUUGUAUGAGGCUUAGUAUGAUAUGAAGACUUAUGCAGAGUGGGUGUUACCGCCGGUUCAGCGGACACAGGCCUGCGUAGCUUUUCAUAAAAGGCGUCCAGUCUGACAAAAGCCGAAUCCAAUGAUUAUUUCAGUUAUCAUAUUCAAAAUCAGUCUCCUAGCGUCAACACAUGCAGGGGGUGCUUAUCUCGAUCUGUGUAAAGCAGUCCUGUCUUCAUAACAUUUAUGUCUUUCUCGGCAGUUUCAGGAUGGGUAGACUUUAUCCGUCGGGUAGUAUUUUUUAACUCUUGCCAUGUCAGUUUAGGUAGAAGUUCGGUGUUUUCUUCUUUACAAAACGUGUGAAAUCGUCGGUUAUUUUUCGGUUAGCUCUCAGCAAAACAGCUGAGCUACCACUCAUUCUGCUAUCUCUUUUUUCACUGAUUAUCAGUGAAACUGACGUCAAAUUGUACUGAUAUUGGUCAACGGUAACUGGUUAUGAAGAAUUAGCCGUCUCGUUAGGUUCCUCGCUAUCCUCAAGGCGGCAGAAUUCCCCAGAAGACACGAAGUUUGAAUAAUAUUUACAUCGAUGAUACUGACAGAAAAUCGAAAAUGUGACUGUCCGAGCAUUAACGGUCACAAAAAUUGUGUAAAAAGUCCAGGAGCUUCGUCCAGAACUUUCUUGGCCAAGCUGAGGCCCAGCUAUUUUCAGCCGCCUUAUGGCCUAAGGCAAGCCCCCCCCCUUUUUUUUUUUAAAAAUAUUGCUUCGCGGGUAAAAUAACAGUAUAUAAAGGAAGAAACAUUACAUCUGUGAUGUCACGAAAACUACGAAAGCGGGACAAAAAAAAAAUUUCUCGAAUGCAUGGCUCCCCUACACCUCGGGUCUCUUUAGAACAUGUUUAAACACAUUGGCGAGUUAAUGCCCAUGAAGCCAAUCAUUCUCCUCUUGAUGUUUUGCCAAAAUAGUUGCUGUAUCAUGCUGCCGGUUCUAAUUUAGCCUCGCCCCCCCCUCCCAAGGUUGCGUGGCAGACACUCUAAAGAUCUCUAACUCUGCUGCAUAGAGCUAAACUAAUGAAUGGUCUAGACGAAGCGUGAGCCGGCUGCAACACAGGCUACCCACUCCUGGACCUCCCGCUAAAAUCGAUGAUCGUCUAUUGGGAUCAGUUAGUCUCCUCACAGCCGUUUUUAGUGUCGUCACGCAAUACUCUUCCCCGCUUUUGUGGGGAGGAGUGUUGGAUGACGAUACUAGGAAACAGUCGUGAGUGAGAUCGACUAACAGGGGCACCCAACGAGAAUGUAGUUCAAAACCACUUAAUAAACAUAGCAUUGUUAAACCUAUUUUAGUAUUUAAACGGUAAAUAUAGGCAUAUUUUUAUCCCCUGAAAAUUUUUCAUAUGUUUGGAUUUCCUAGCUGAAAGUCUAGCGAUCUGAAAAUUAUAGGAUCAAAACUUAACUGUUCGAAAAUUUCAGCAAAGAAAAAAGGCUCCCGAAAAACUCUAAGUGACCUUUUUAGGGUAAAAAUCUGUUAAAAAUGAGCAUUUGUACCAUUUUUUAGAUGAUCAAAAAUCUUAGGAGAGGUAGGCAAGCAAGAAAUUUUAAGACAAAAGUUCCGAAAAUUCUAGAUCUUAAAGCGUCUUCCGAACAGAGAUUUUCCGAAAGUUGACGUUGGGUGACCGUGGGACUAAUUGGGAUGGGUGUCUUCUAACAUGACUCCGAGGCUUUAUGCACAAAAUUACAAAUUUUUUCACGACUCCAUUCUCUCGCAAUUUCCAGCAAAGAGUUGUGCAUAAAGAAAACCAAACCAAAUAAAGAAAUGACCAGAAAGCCUCAGAGUCAUUUCGGAAUUUAAAUCUAUCGAAAUCUAAUAGAAGACGAAGUUCACUUUCUUUUUCAAUGUCCUACAUACUCUAUGAUUAGGAAUAAAUUUUACUAUAAAGUCGAGACUGAUCAAUGAACUGAUUAACUCCUCUAAUUACUUUCUUAUUGGGGUUCUGUUCUCUUGAAGAGACGGCUUACGAUCGGGAUACAUUUGAUUUUAGUCAAGGUGAUGUGAUCAAGAAUCAACCAAUGGCAGUCUCUGUUUAGUUGAGUGAAAGUCUAGGAACAUAACAAAUCAUAAUAUUUCCUUCAAAAUCGGCCUUGAACAUAUGUCCUCAUAUUGCCUUGCGCGAGCAGAGGUUUCUUUCUUGCAUGGCUUUUAGCAUUUACGAAGUCGUUCGCGUCGCUUUUCAGUCGCGUGGUUGCUUUGUCCGCAUUUCAGCUCAAGAAAUCCAGAAUCCCGCUACCGAUUGGAAUCGGAAUCCACGUUCCACAGACAAAUAAUCCGGAAUCCAGUACCUGGAAUCCGGAAUCCUGAGCGUGGAACCCAGAAUCCAAUUCUUUCUUUGGUUACCUUACAUGGGGCGAAACAGGGUUCUGUCUAGGAUUUGUAGGGGAUUCCAGGAAUUAGACUCCAAGAAGAUAAAUACACUCUGAAAUUCUCCGUAAAAGUCGACUUCACUGGGAUUCCCAUACAAAUGUUCAAGGCCCUUUUUGAGAUUACGCGAUAUAUCAAGUUAAUAAUUUGAAAUAAUCCAACAGUUGUGAAGUGCUUGAAUAACACCUCAAAAUUCAAUCUUGUCUACCUGGUAACUAUUGAGCAGUUGAAGGGAAAAAGACAAUAAAAAGAAAAUGGUAGUACGAGCAGUAGCAAAUACAAAGAACCACAAGCAAAUUUUCAGUUUUGACGGCGAAAACGAAGAUAACUCCUGGACGGGACACGCCCAUGAGAAACAUGAUAUAAAUGGCCCUUACCACGUUAGUUUUGAAACCGCCAUAGAGUUUCACGAACAGCUACUGCGAAUUUCAGUUGACGCAAUGGACAGAGCUGGAGAAGGUCGUGAGUAUUGUAACCUGGGUAAAAUUCAUCAUAGUUUUGGAAAUUUUGAACGAGCCACAGAGUACCAGAACUUAACAUCGCCAAGGAACUGGGCGACAGAGCUAGUGAAGGAUGCGCAUACAGCGAUCUGGGAAACGCUUUUCGAAAUCUUGGUGACUUUAAGCGUGCUAUAG